GGUACUCACUAAUCCUAUUGCUGCCAGAGAGAGAUGUUUAAGAGGCUGGCCAAGCAGCUCUUGGAAGAGUUGGGUUCGGACAGGAAGCUGAUUCCUGUGUCCAGUCUAGCCCACAGUGACAGCUUCCGGCCUCUUUCUCUGGUGACCAAAGAGCAGUCCAGGUUGCCAUGGCAUACCCGAAAAUAUUUUCCAACCCCGCUCAAGCUGGCAGAUAUAUUACAGGAAGGAGCAACUAUGGAAAUAGAGCUGAAGCACUCAGAACCACUCUUGUUUUCUGCAAACACGUGCCAUAAAUCCGGCGCAAGGCUGAACCUUAAGAUUCAUUCUGCACAAGUGGAAAUAAGCGGUCUGGGCUCAGUUUGUUCAUCGGCCUCUCCAGUAUAUGUGAAGAAGACCUACGUGGACACUAGAGAGUUAUGGACAAUUGAGACAUCCCUCAGUAUAAUCCAGCAAGCCUACCCUAAACUGCAUUUCUACAUUGUGACGGAAGCCUUUGAGAUAAUGGAACCACUUCUGGUAGAAGAGACCAUGGAAGCAGGAGGCAAGGGAGGGGUUACUGUGGCAGAGUUACUUCAUAUUCAGGGCCUGAAUGCAAGAGUGAAGAAGAGGUCCAUGCUUAUUCCCCAAGGUACGGUGAUGGCUUAUGGGGUUGAGAAGCUCCAGCUUCUUGAGGAAGACCUAGCUUUUCCCUGCCCAAGAGAUCAAACAAAGUUGGCAUCCUUGCUUACUUAUAAUGAAUUCCAGGAUGAAUUGGGCUCCUCACUUACAGUUUUAGGUGUCCAGCAUGUGAAAGAUGCUGUUAAAGAGGCCUAUGAGCCACUCAUAUACCUCAGCCAGGCCUCAAAGAAGAAUCUUUUGGAAUCCUUUGGAAUAUUCUUUCAAGAUGGAGAUAUUGCCUCCACUGUUCAGUCAGUGCUGGACCUUUCUAUGGUGGGGAACAAUGUUGAUCACUCCAUAUUGGAACCAUUGAGUGAAGACAUCCGACCUUCAGUGGAAACAUUGCUGUCUCAUUUAGGAAUCCUCCCAGAAACAGAAAGAGGAGAAAGUCAAAGAGACCUCUGGGAACCUGUGCAUUUCUUUUGUUCUUCAAUAGAUGACUUGGACUAUGAGAUAUUGCCUCUCUUGGAGACCAUUGUGGAGAAGAACAUUGUGGUCAAACUACUGGAGAUGAUGGAUGGCAUUCUGGAGUGGAUUCUUUCUGGUGAGGAAGGUAGUCUUUUCACUCUCCCAUUUCAUUCCCUGAUGGAUGAAGAAGCUGAACUAACAGUGGAGAUGCUCCAAACAUGCAGCCUGGAUUUAGAAACAGGGGAAGCAUGCGUGGCUUGCCUAUGGAACAGUAAAGCCCACUCAGAACUGGCUGUUCUUUACUCCAGUUUGUAUGCUCUAAAGAUUUUAAGUGUGUGAAGGAGGAAGGAACACGUAUUCCAAAAAAGACUAUACUCUCCUGAUGGACUGUGGACUCAAUAUUUAAAUUUCAGUUUCUUGGGACGUCAUCUUCUCCUACCUGUGUGAUCCAAAGAUUAUGGGAAACAUGAGUGGUUUGUAUGUAUUUAAAAGUUUACAAGAGAUUUGUCAUCCCUGCUGUCUCCUCAGUGAUCUUGUUUCUCAUCCAUAUCUUUGGAAAUUGUGUCAAUGUGGCUGAGAUGUUGGCCUAGAUCCUAAGUUAUAUUCUUAAAAAAUAAUAAUAUAGACCUGAUGCUUCUUCAGGGCAGGCUCUAG